UUUCACAACUCAAUUUGCAUUCUGAGACAUAAUGUUUGUUGCUGGCAAGAAGCGCAAGGCAGCUGACAGCGCGCGACCUCGGGUGCCGGCUGGAAGCGCGCAGGACACGGCAGCCAAGCAGAUCGAGCGGGUCUAUAGACUUGGGAGCGAGAGCCUGCGGCAGCGACAGUACCGCGCAGCUCUGGACCACCUCAACCGCGGGAUCGCGCUGGCCAGCAACGCACAGCAACCCAAUGCUAAGCUGUUUGAGAAGCGUGCGCUGGCGCUGCUGCACCUGCGGGAGUUUGCGCGUGUUGCCAGCGACGCACAGCAGGCAAUCGCGCUGGACAGCGACUCAGCACACGCGUAUGCGCUGCUGGCGCGUAGCCUCAUGAUGCAGAACAGGCCAAGCGACGCGCUCACGGCGCUUGAGCGCGGGCGGCGGCAGGUGAGCCCAAUGGCAGCCGGGUUCCGGUACCUGGCGACUCUGCAAGAGUCAGUACGUAAACAGCUGGAUCCGGCCUAUGUGCCCAAGCAGGACCCGCAGAGCGACCCAGUGGUGCGGCUGCCAGCGGAGCUCAAUGUGCUGAUAUUGCAGCAGAUGGAUCUAGAGAGCUUGCUGGUGUGUCGGCGUGUGUCGCGUGCGUGGCAGCGCCUGGUGGAUGGCAUACCAGCGCUGUGGGGCGAUAUUUCGGUGGCCGACGAAGCAUCGGCAAGCAAAGCUAUGCGUGUAUCGGCGCGUGUGCUGCGGCUGGUGCUGCGGCUAGCCGGGCAGAGCCUAGUUGCUGUCAAUGUACCUGACGGGUCGCUGCUGGGCGAUGCAGCGCUGGCGGCCGUGCGUGCGACCAGCCGCCCGCUGCUGCGCAGUAUCCACAUUGGCCGGCUAUCGGCUAGCGCCAGUGCGCUGGGGCAGCUGCUUGGCGAGUCGGCGCUUACGAGUGUGCGGUUGCCGUACUGCCCAGACGUGACUGAUUCCAUGCUUGAACAGCUUUCGCAGCACCUGCCCACCCUGCGCAUCCUGGAUAUCUCGGGCUGCGCACAGGUGCGGAUGAAGACACUGUUCCGGCAGUUCCGCACAGCAACGCUGCAGGAGCUGUACCUGAACGACCACCCAGGGCUGCCCGAGUUCCUUGUGUACUGCGUGCGGUACCGCACCUUUGCCAGUCUGCGGGUCCUCCAUAUAGCGGUGUAUGACCAGGCUGUGUUUGCACAGUACUCGGGGCUUGGCCCCCUAAUGGUUUAUUUGGGCCGUCUUGGCCCCCGUCCGUGUCCGUUCCCGGAGCUGCGCUCGCUGAACAUGGACGGUAUAUGGGAGCCAACCGUGUCCUCGCGACGCUUCGAGAGCGCAGGUCUUAAGGGGAUAAUUUCGAGCUGCAACCUGGUGCCUGCCCAGUGCCGCAGCAUAUCGGCACGCGAAGCGUCUGUGGCCACUGACCUCGACUUGUUCAGAGUGUUCCAUACAUGCAUGUCGACCAUAUACACCCUCCAUUUGACCAAGGCAGUGCAACUCACCGACUCUAUGGUGCGGCGACUCACCGGUACUGCGCCGCUAAUUCUUGUUGAUCUGGAUCUGAGCGGGUGCGCGGCACUGUCUGCCGAGGCACUAAGAGAGCUGGUUGUCCACAGUCCGCAGCUGCUGCACGUGAAGCUGAUGCAGACGCGCACGGAUAAUACAGUGCUUAGGGCGCUCACUGAGCAUGUAGUGGCGGGCAUGGGCGCUGAGACCCUGGACUUGGCUAUCACGGAUGUGACAGGCGCUGGUGCCCGCGAUUUUGCUGUGGCCUGCGCCCGCCGGUUCCGCGCGAAGCCCGGUCGCCGCCUGCGUGUGCUGAAUCUUGAUUAUUGUGAAAAUGUUGGUGCCGAUGCUGUCGCUGUAAUGCGCGACCUGCUUAUGCCCAUGGGGACACUGUUCACGGCAGCCAUGCCAGGAACGUGAAUUUAUUUCUAUGGGUACAACAACAUUUCUAUCCGCAUUUGGCGUCUGUCACGAUGCUGUAGUCGUUGAGACUGACCCGCAGAACGAACGGCUUGGCAGGUAACGUCAGUGCCUGCGGAUACAGCACCAGUGUGAAUUUUGGCAUGUCCUCGCGGAACACGACGU